UCUACACACCUCAAACAACUUUCGUAUCCAACAUCGGAUCUCUUCAUACAAAUGACCAAUUUUAGUCAGAAUGAGAUGCAACAAUUAACCAAGGAAAUAAUUCUGAAUAUGUGUGAUUGUCAGAGAUUACCGGAUGGAAGCUUACCGGCAGGUUGUGUACUCCCAAGUCCAAGGCCCACUACACCAGUACCUAUAACCAUCCCCAAAGUUCCGAUAACGGCGACCACGCACGAAACCGUAGCACCGUCAAGCACCACGCAGAAACCCAAAGUUCCGUCAAGCACCACGCAGGAACCUAAAGCUCCGUCAAGCACCACGCAGGAAUCUAAAGCUCCGUCGAGCACCACGCAGGAACCCAAAGCUCCGUCGAGUACCACGCAAUCAUCUCAACACUCCGCAACAUCAUCUGCACCUUCACUAACGUCUUCUAUUAACUAUAUUCAAAUUCUCGCAUUCUUAAUCCUGAUCACUCAUUUUUAA